AUGGCGACUGAGGCACGGCACAUAGAAUUUGUUCAAAGACCGACGCAAAACUAUACAGACAAGAUGUGCGACCGCAAAGCGGUGAUCAAGAAUGCCGACAUGAGCGAAGAGAUGCAGCAGGAUGCUGUGGACUGCGCGACACAGGCGCUCGAGAAGUUCAACAUUGAAAAGGACAUUGCAGCUUUCAUUAAGAAAGAAUUUGACAAAAAAUACAACCCAACUUGGCACUGCAUUGUCGGCCGCAACUUUGGUUCAUAUGUAACACAUGAAACCCGUCACUUCAUUUACUUCUACUUAGGCCAGGUGGCAAUACUGCUAUUCAAGAGCGGC